AUGUCAGCGCUUUUCAAUUUCCACUCAUUUCUAACUGUGAUACUUUUGGGGAUAUGUGCCUGCACUUAUUUUAAGAUGCAGUUUCCGGCAAUCCUGGACCAGAAAACUGGAUUUCGUGGUUUCUUCUGGAAGGCGGCAAGAAUAGGUGAACGGUUGAGCCCGUGGGUAGCUGUGGGUUGCUUUAUGAUGGGUGUUUCAAUAAUCUUCUUCUAA